CACGCAAACGAUGCACUCCACAUUCACUCCCAAAUACUCUCUGCAACUGUGCAAUGCUCAAGACGGAAAGGCAUGUCCACAAAUCCAUUUCAUCCUCCUCACUUCCCUCCCGACAGUCAAAUCUUGAAAACGACUUGGCCUUCUCUGGAAAGAGGCUGCCUGUUGAGCGUCAUAGAGUUAGAGGUUAGAUGCUUUCCCAGCGAGAAGAGCCGAAGCCCUCGAGCUUCGAAGCUCUCAUUGACUCAUUAACGUCCGAAACGCUGAACAGACAGAGAAUCGACGCCCUGCUCUCGGCUGCGUUAGAGGAGAUUGAGGAGGAACCUGAGAUAGUCUGCAACUCGAAUAGCUUUUGGAGGCGCGAGGAUGGUGGUGGUAGUUUAGGGCAGAGAGCUGCGGAAGAGCUGGUGCGCCUUUUGCGAGAAGAUCCGGAUAAACCUCUGGUGCUUUUGGGUCGCCUAUGCAAAUAUGCCCUUUGGCGAGAGAAGGUUCAGAAAUGCUUAGAGCAAGUGCUGGAAACCUUAUGGCACGUGCUAGAGUCGGCGGAUCCGGUUGCAAUCAUACAUCUUCUGCAUGAUUUGACCUAUCAGUUUGAUGUCCCUCUUCGAUCCAUGCCGAAAGGGCUGAGCACGUUCCUGUGCAACCGAAUAACCCCCACGGAGCCGGAAGCCGACACGCUCUACGUGUUCGGAAACCUGUGCUGGCAUGAGGUGUUCCGACAGGACAUCAAGGUCUACCCUCGCAUUGGAAAGCUGCUGAGGAAUUUGGUGACUCUCCUGAGCAGCAAGGACUCUCUGGUGGUUACGUUAAGCCUACGAAUUCUGGCGCAGCUGCUCGGCACCAAUGAGGGUGUCCAAAAACUUUUCUCAGAGGGCAACAUAGUGGAAGCCUGGAGACUGAUUCUUGCCAUUCUCGGAAGUAAGGCGUCGACGCCUGCGUUGCAAACGGCAGCCCUUGAUCUUCUCGAUGUGCUGUUGCAAAAUGACCUCUUGGACUCCUUUCUGAAAGGAACAAUCAAGGAAGAACCGAUUGUCGAACAAAUUUCGUCGAGCCUCAUACGCGAGGAUUCGUACCCAGAGUUGUUUCGGUGGACGGAGUUAUUCCUACGCAAAUUCAAAGACGACUCGACACUGUUUACAAUGGUUGCUGACGCCGAAGUGGCGACAAAAGCCUUUACGUGGAUGGUAGACGGUGUCGCCGGGAACAACGCUGGUGAGGUCUCGUCCACGGGCAUCACUGCCACUUGUAGAUUUCUUCGCGGUCUUCUCGAUGGAAUACGCCCCCGGCCACUCCCAGACGUGCAAAACAACCAUGAACAAGAGGACAAUCCGACGUCAACGGUAACAGACGUGAUCCAGCAGCGCGAAUUCGACCUCUUCGCCGACCAGCUCAUUCCGGGCCUGGUCACCCUGCUGGACGUGAUUGCAACUCAGGCCACGAAGGCCGCCGUGGACUCCCAGUACGAGGCAACGCAAGCAGCCACGCAGUUUACACAGCAUGUUCACACCUCACCACGGAUGUGGACCUCGCGGAUGUUUUUGGAACUCUCUCAGACUGCAUACGAGCUCCUGACGUUUGCGCCAUUUGAAUUGGAUGAUGCUGAUGUCCAAAUGGUGGAUCUGGAUCAGUACAUGAACGUGUUUUGGACGGCUCUGGAUGAGCGCAUGCUGGGGCAUGAUGUUCUGAUGGGGUUUGUCGGGAUCAUCCUGAGUCUGGCGAAGCUGAAGAAGGCCACGCAUAUCCCAAAGCAGCUUUUCGAAAGGUACCGGGUCGCAGAGCAUGCUGCGGUCCUGGUCUGUGAUCCCCAGUCCCAAUUCUUGGCGGACGUGGCCAUUUUGGCCAUGUCCUUUGCCACUCCCAAAGACACUCGCCGUUUUGAUGAGUUGGUCGCGACGCAUCAACGAAAUCAUCGCAGGAACUCACCAAUCCGGAGCGAGGCUGCUUGGGCUCCCUGUCCGACUACGCCUGCACCCACUGGAUCCCAAGAUAGCGACAACCAGACGGAUACACGCGAGUUUCGGCACUCCGAGGACUCAAAACAUCCAGAACCUCGUCAUAGGAUCUCGUUAAGGCAAAGCCGUCAAUAUGCCAUGGACAGAAUGUCGAUUACGUCUGCACACUGUGGAUCCGAGGACAUCGAGCGCUUGACGGAAGAGGCUGACAAGUCCAUUGCACGCAUUGAACACUUGGAAAGCGAGACCCGCAGGAUGCGAGCCCACCAUGAACUAGAGACGCAGAAGAUGCGAGCCCACUUCGAACAAGAGACGCGCAAGAUGCGAGCUCAGCUUCAAAAAGAGCUUGAAUUGAACGAUGCGAUAGCUGCCGAAAAGUUAGCCGCGCAUAGGAGCAAAUCCGAUGUGCUGACCGAACGACUGCGAAGCCAAAGCAAGGAAAAUGAAAGCCUGCGCGUCGAAUUGUCGCAAUCCGCGUCGGAAAUUGCCGAGUUGCGCCAUAAUGUUGCAAAACUGAAGAAGGAAAGGAAUGCAUACAAGAAGGAAGUACAGGAUGUACGCGACCAACUGGAGAAGACGGAGGCCAACUUUACCGAGAGCGAGGAACGGUUGGAGGAACGCAAUCAAGAGUUGGAGAAAGCUCUGGAAGAACUGGCCACCGUCAAAGGAAAACUAGUGGAAUCGAAGAAGAACGAGAGCACCUUCCUGGCACAGCGCAACGCCCUCAAAGAGAACGUGGCAAAUCAAACGUCCAAAAUGAACGCCUUGCAGGUAAAAGUUACCCAAUUGGAAGAAAGCCUCGCUGACCAAGAACGCGAGCACGAAGACAUGCUUGCGAAGUUGGCGCAGAGUCUGAAUUCCGCGGCAAGGCGGACGGGACAACGGAGGAAGGCUGUCGUCGCUGUCGGAGGAAAUCCGCCCCAGCCGUCGGGGAGUGAUCAAUCAAGAUCUGAGGAUGCGAUAUCCAUGGGAGAUGCCGACCGGGACGUUGCGGAGUUGGGGAGUAUGAUGAAAAGGUUGUGAGACGACGGAUCGGACUUGGCAUUAAGUGAAAUGGGACAGAGGCGUCACAGAUGGGGCGGGGGUGCUUUGAGUUUUUGGUUAGACCGUCAGGAAGCCGGCUUAGAUAGCGGUUUGAGAGGUCCGGACACCAAUGGCGUAUCGGAAAGCAUUCCGGCGUUCUUUUUCGAAGGGCAAUGCUCAGGCUCGCAGCGCUGCAGAUACCAACGUGUAAUCAUUAUAAGUACAUGUGUACAUACAUACAUAUGCAAGCUAGUGACGGC